UCACCUCUCUGCUUCUCUUCUUCCCUUCUUCAGGCUCAGGAUGACCUGGUGCUGCUGGCUGCCAUCCCUUUGGCUAUGCUUGACUCUGCCCUCUGCUGGUGGAUCCUCAUCAGCCUGGUACAGACCAUGAAGCUCUUGAAGCUACGGCGCAACACAGUGAAGCUGUCCCUGUACCGCCACUUCACCAACACCCUCAUCUUUGCCGUGAUUGCAUCCGUCAUCUUCAUCAUCUGGACCACCAAGACCUUCCGGCUCACCAAGUGCCAGUCGGACUGGCGGGAGCUGUGGAUCGAUGACGCCUUCUGGAGGUUCCUCUUCUCCAUCAUCCUGCUGGUGAUUAUGUUCCUGUGGAGGCCCUCGGCCAACAACCAAAGAUACGCGUUUGUGCCACUGGUGGAUGAAGGGAGCGAGGAAGAGGAUGAGGAAGAGGAACAUAUGGUGAACGAGGCCUUUGAAGGAUAAGAUGAGCGUGCAAAAAAAUGAAGCCAACGG